AGUGGGUGUCAUCAGCAUCAUUAUCAUCAUCAUCAUGAGUGCCAUACAUGUGCAAAAUGUGACUUUCCGKUACAAUAAAAAACAUCAAGUACUKGAUAAUUUGCAAUUAAGUGUCGACACCGGCCAGAUAUAUGCACUGUUAGGACCGAGUGGGGGCGGCAAAACUACCCUGUUGCGAUUGAUAUUGGGCCGUAUAAACUUGCAACAUGGUCAGAUCCGGAUACAUGGCCACCAGUCGCCCGGUGCCCGAGCUAACAGUCGUAUCAGUUAUAUGCCACAAAAUCAGGCCCUAUGCCUGCAGUUCAAUGUUGGACAGACUAUGCGCUACUUUCAGCAUAUUUAUCGACAAUCGCGGACGGAGUUUGAGGACAGAUAUAAAACCCUAAAAUCAAUGCUUGAAUUGCCGGACGAUGACCGGUGUCUGGUCGGCGACCUAAGCGGUGGCCAACAGCGGCGCCUAAGUCUAGCGGCAGCCCUACUAAACAAUGCCCGGCUUCUCAUACUGGACGAGCCUACUGUCGGUAUCGACCUAUUACUUAUACAUAAUAUUUGGCACUAUUUGAACCGACGGUGCCUACAGGGAGGAUCUACUAUUAUGUUUGUUACACACUAUAUCCAGGAGGCUAACAAUGCCCAUACGGUUGGCCUGAUGAGGAACGGUAGAUUGUUGGCCGAACGAAAUCCCCAACAAUUAGUUACCCAGUAUUCGUGUAGUUCAUUGGAAAUGAAGAUCAGAAAACAAUCAUUGAAAUGA